UGACCACACUUCCCACAGCAGUCAUGGUCAUUGCUCAACUUCCUGUUGGGGAAAACCUCUUGGAUACUGAGCGUCCACCUGCUCCAGCGAGCAAACUAAGGAUAGCAACAUGUUCGCUGCUGUUGGGAAACCUGAGUUUUGAGCUUGCCUACAGACCCCUUUUCCGUACUAUCUGAAGCAAAGAUGGAGCCGAUCUGCGUGGGGCGGAAGCGACCGGAAAUGGCAGCCCUGACAGCCCACCGCCUGGAAUGUGCACCCGUUGUGUCUUGAAGUGCCAUCAGCUGUAACAGAAACUCCAGAUCGCAAGGCCUCCGCCAGGCAUCCACACACCCUGGAACCCAAGGCCAUGGAGCUCUCCGACAGCGACCGCCCGGUCAGCUUCGGCUCCACGUCGUCCUCCGCCUCUUCCCGGGAUAGCCAUGGCUCCUUUGGCAGCAGAAUGACCUUAGUCUCAAACAGCCACUUGGGCUUGUUUCACCCAGAUAAGGAAGCCGGGGCCAUAAAACUGGAGCUGCUUCCAGCCGGGCCGUUUUCCAGCAGCGAGCUUCAGCGGGAGAGCCGGGCUGGGCCGCAGGACACGGACCAGGGUGGUGACGUUCAGCCCAGGGCCCCGCGGGGCAUGGAAGCAAGUGGGGCGAGCAGAACAGGGGCCGAGUCGGCCACCAGCCCCAAGCUCCUCUAUGUGGACAGAGUUGUUCAGGAGAUUCUGGAGACCGAAAGGACUUAUGUGCAGGACUUAAAAAGCAUCGUAGAGGAUUACCUUGACUGCAUCAGGGACCAAACAAAACUUCCUCUGGGGACAGAAGAAAGAUCAGCCCUCUUUGGAAACAUACAGGAUAUCUACCACUUCAACAGUGACCUUCUGCAAGAUUUGGAAAACUGUGAAAAUGAUCCUGUGGCCAUAGCAGAAUGUUUUGUGUCCAAGAGUGAAGAUUUCCACAUUUACACGCAGUACUGCACUAACUAUCCAAGGUCAGUGGCUGUGUUAACAGAGUGCAUGCGGAACAAGAUGCUGGCCAAAUUCUUCAGGGAACGUCAGGAAACUCUGAAACACUCUCUGCCUCUGGGGUCCUAUCUCUUGAAACCAGUUCAGCGGAUUCUCAAAUAUCAUCUCCUUUUGCAUGAAAUAGAAAAUCACCUUGACAAGGACACAGAGGGCUAUGAUGUGGUGCUCGAUGCUAUUGACACGAUGCAGAGAGUGGCUUGGCACAUCAACGACAUGAAGAGGAAGCAUGAGCACGCAGUCCGGCUGCAGGAGAUCCAGAGUCUGCUCACUAACUGGAAGGGGCCAGACCUGACCAGCUACGGGGAACUGGUGCUGGAAGGCACCUUUCGCAUCCAGCGCGCCAAGAAUGAGCGGACGCUCUUCCUCUUUGACAAGCUGCUGCUCAUCACAAAGAAGAGAGAUGACACGUUUACAUACAAAGCCCACAUCCUGUGUGGCAACCUCAUGCUUGUGGAAGUGAUACCCAAGGAGCCGCUCAGCUUCAGCGUCUUCCACUACAAGAACCCGAAGCUGCAGCACACAGUUCAGGCUAAAUCCCAGCAGGACAAACGCCUCUGGGUUCUGCACCUGAAGAGACUGAUCCUGGAGAACCACGCGGCCAAGAUCCCGGCUAAGGCCAAGCAAGCAAUACUUGAAAUGGAUGCCAUUCAUUAUCCUGGGUUCUGUUACAGUCCUGAGGGAGAAACAAAAGCAUUGUGUGGUUCGAAAGACGGUUCUGCUCCAUAUCGGCUGAGAAGAAAAUCUGAACCUUCCUCAAGAUCACAUAAAGUUUUGAAGACCAGUGAAACAGCACAAGACAUCCAAAAGGCUUCCAGAGAGGAAGGGUCUCCCCAGCGGACCUCAGCGGGGCCAUCUCCCGCCCCAAGGAACAGCCAGCCGAGCAGUUCUGCCAUCAUCAGCGUGCUUCGUGGGGGUGGAGCCAUCAGAAACAUCUGGACGGACCACCAGAUCAGACAAGCCUUGUUCCCGAGUCGUCGGUCCCCUCAGGAGAACGAAGAUGAUGAAGAUGAUUAUCAGAUGUUCGUGCCAUCCUUCUCCUCCUCAGAUCUGAACUCUACCAGACUCUGUGAAGAUGGCACUUCCAGUCGCCCUUGCAGUUGGCACAUGGGACAGAUUGAGCCCACGGAGACCACCAGCUCUGGCCACCGGGUGGUCAGGCGGGCCAGCAGCGCUGGCGAGAACAACACAUGCGCUCCUGAAAUAAGAACUAGGGACAGUGGUGGCUCUCAGUACAGCCCCCGACGGGAACUGCAGAGUGACCCUAAAACAGAAGGGCAGGACGGAAUGACUCCCUUUGGGUCAUCUGUGGAGUUGACUAUUGAUGACAUAGACCACGUCUAUGAUAACAUAAGUUAUGAGGACUUAAAACUAAUGGUUGCUAAACGGGAAGAAGCUGAAUCCACACCCCCCAAAACAGCCAGGGACUCUGUUCGCCCCAAGAGCACGCCAGAGCUCGCCUUCUCAAAGAGGCAAGCUGGCCCCGAGAAGAGCUCUCUUCACACAGAGAGGGAUGGAGCUCUAACAGGUCGCCAGGCAUCGAACCAAAGCACACAUGAACUCCAGAUGGUGGAGGAAAACAUCUACGACACCAUAGGGCUCCCAGAUCCGCCCUCCCUGGAUUUCAAAUGCAGCAGCCUGAAGCGCCCCAAGAGGAACACCUUCUUAGGGCUGGAAACCGACUUUGCAUGCUGUGACAGUCUGAGGCCCUUUGUUUCCCAGGAUAGCCUCCAGUUCAGCGAGGACGAAACUCCUUACCCCCAGGGACCCUCUGAUAAUGAUUAUUUGAGUCUGCUCUAUAACUCUUUCAGCUGUAACCUGUCUGUAGGUGAUAAAUCUAUAUCUGAUAAACUGUCUGAAGAAGUAGAUGAAAUCUGGAAUGACCUGGAAAAUUACAUCAAGAAAAACGAAGUCAAAGCUAGAGACCGGCUCCUCGCAGCCUUCCCUGUCAGUAAAGAGGAUGUGACAGACAGCCUGCACUCCGAGAGCACCCCCGAGCUGGGCAGAGACACGGUGCGUUCCGUGUCUACCCUCUCGCUUCCUGAGGGCCAUGCUUUCCUCACGCCACUGAAAGACAAGCCCGGCAGAGCUGGCCGGACCCACUGCCCUUUUGAGGAGGACCUGAUUUCUAAAGAGGGCUCCUUUAUGAGUCUUAACCGGCUGUCUCUGGCCAGUGAAACACCUCCCAUGGAAAACCCCUACGACUUGGCCAACAGCAGUCUAUCCCAACCAGACUUGGAAAACCCUGACCCUGGGAUGGAUGCCACAGAUAAGACAAAAAGCAGGGUCUUUAUGAUGGCCAGGCAGUACAGUCAGAAGAUCAAGAAGGCAAAUCAGCUUUUAAAAGUGAGAAGCCCAGAGCUGGAGCAGGCACUGGCCAGCCAGCAGCAUAAACCCACGCACAAAGACCUGGCAGCCAUCUUAGAAGAAAAGAAGCAAGGGGGUCCUGCCAUCGGUGCCAGGAUUGCUGAGUAUUCCCAACUGUAUGACCAGAUUGUAUUCAGAGAGACCCCCUUCAAGGCUCAGAAGGAUAGCUGGGCCAGCCCUCAAGAACCCUGCCACCUCAGGUCCACCUCACCUUCCCAGGCCCAACAUAGCAGCGAGGAUUGGCUUUUGCAUUCAACCUACAGUAACGGAGAGUUAGUGGAUUUCUGUCCCCGGCCAGAGCCAGACUUGAAGUCGAAACAUCCUACCUUAGCGAUCAGUGCAAAGAGCGCUCCAAGACAGCUGUCUGCAGCUUGCUCUGUGCCUUCUCUUCAAACCUCCGACCCCCUGCUGGGCUCCUUGCAGAGACACAGUGUCAUAGUCAGUCAGCCCAACAAAGAGAACUCUUUUCAGGGCCACCUUUACAACUCUUUGGGUCGCAAAGGCCUCAGUGCAAAAUGUCAGCCCUACAGCAGGUCCCGGUCCUCUUCCUCCAUCUUGAUAAACAAGUCGGGGGACUCCAUCAGCUACCCUGGGGAGAUGGGAAAGAGACAGCUGCUGUCUUCACACAAAAGUUCGAGGUGUGAGAGUCCCCAGGAUUUGCUGCCAGGUGUGGCUGACUCAUGUCCUCAGGGCGCUGAAAAACACUCAGAUCUCACGCUCCGAGACUCACAGAAGGUUCUGGUAGUAAGUAGAAAUUCACCCUUCAGUGCCCAAAUAGCGACCCAGAACUACUUCUCCAAUUUCAAAGAGACUGAAGGAGACGAAGACGACUAUGUGGAAAUCAAGUCAGAAGAGGACGAGCCGGAGCUAGAGUUCUCGCACGGCCGGAGGAAGAAAUCCGCCCCGGGGGUCAUGGAGGCCGACUUGCCCGAGAACGCCUGCAGCAGCAGCACCCCGUACUCUUUGAAUAGUCCAUGCACUCCAAAAAAGCCAAUAAGCGACAAGCUGGGGCUGUCCCCCUAUCUGACGUCGUACAGCGAUUCGGACAAACUGAAUGACUAUCUCUGGAGGGGGCCAUCUCCCAACCAGCAAAAUAUCGUCCAGUCGCUGAGGGAGAAGUUUCAGUGUCUCAGUUCCAGCAGCUUUGCCUGAGGUUCUUCGGAGAAGCCUGCCCCGGGUCAACGUGGCGCGAUGGCUUGUAAAGGACCGAUACCCAGAGGUGUUUUCUAUGUACCAGAUUAAAGCAGUUUUGUAAUAACCAGGCGUGUCAACCAUGCUUUCUUUUACACAACAGCUCUCUGAAAUGGCUGCCAAGCCAGCCGGGACUGUACUGUCUAGCCGGCGUCAGCAUCUCACGGCGUGUCUUCCUGAUGCUGACUGCCUUCAUGUUUCAUGUAAGUCAAUCUUACUUGGAAAGUUUUAGGCUUUUUUUUGUUUGUUUGUUUAACAUGAUGGCCAUGACAUUUUGUCCCGUGCCCUUGGCAAUAGUGCCCAGAGUCUAAGAAAUGCAGUAGCCCUUGCCUAUCAUCCAGAAGCCACGAGUAGUUUGAUUUUAGGACCCAAAGGCAGCAAGGAGGCUUUUCCACAUGUUUAAAAAAAAAAAAAGGAAGGAAAACUAAAGCUGUUUGAAGGAUUAGGCUUAUUAUACCUGGCAUUUUGGUUACGUUCAGGACAAGACCCCAGAAUAACGUAAGCUAGAGAUCUCUAGUUAGGGGUGUAAGUGCACACUGCCCGUCUCCCUCUGCAUGGGUCACUCCUACAUCUGUUCACUCUGUUGUAGAAAUCGGGUAGCUGUGGGACAUCAGGAGGGAGCAAGAACGAUUAUAAGCAAAGACCCUUACCUCUAUUCCUGGACACGUUCCAGAGAAUGCGCUGCUUAUCGUGUUUAUUUUUGAUUGCUGGAGUAAAAUGAAUGAUUUCCUCCAGUGCUCAAAGGAAACUACAAGCAAGAAAAUGCAGAUUGACUUACCUGUUAGAAAGGAUGGGGACAACUUGGUGAUCUCCUCAUAUUCCAGUGGAAGGCAGGGGUGGAAAUGGGAACUCUUCGUGCAAUAUUUUUGUGCGGAUGUCUAAUCAACACAAAGUAAGCCAUGAGCUAAAGUAAAACACUUUAGGGCCACCCUUUCCAGAGCAGUUUUUCCAUGUGUACUUUCCCGAGUUUUGUACCUCAGCCAAAUGACCUGAUCCCAGCCUUGAGGAUUUCGUUUGCUGCGGUGAAAUCUAUUUUCCAAACUCAACAUAACAGGGGGGCCUUUUCUCAUUGUUUUGAGGCACAUAAAAGAAAAGAAUCUUUGGCUACUAAGCUCUGACAAAUACCGUCUUUGAUGUUGUCAUUAUGGUCUUCAAAUAGCCGUCCAUUGUGAUAAUCAUGGGCUAACCUAAGGUUUUAUGGAAGGAAACAGAAGAUCAAAAGCAAGGCCUUGUGAGUAAAAAGCAAAAAUCAAAGAAGCAAAAGAGAAAAGUGAAGGCCAAUCUGUUGCUAUUUUAUAAAAAUGUUCUAUUUUAUGGAAGACUCCAGUCAAUGCAACAAGGAUGUUUUCUCAAAACAAGAAUGUUGUAUUCUCCUUUCAAGCAAUUUUACAUUCUAGAACCCUUUCCCCAGUGGGCUCAGUUUUCAUUAAUAUCUGUGUAGGAAAGGGGAUCUAGGCUUCCUAUUUGAAGGCAAGCUCUGAUACUGAUUGCAAUCGGUGACAUCUAACCAUAAUUCUUUUCCUCUUUUUAAAGUCCUGUGCCUCUUUUUCUUAACCAUGAAGCAUCAGAUGUGACCAUCCUUAUUUUACAAACAAGUACCUACGGCACUCAUUUUUCCUUUUAAAUAACAAAAAAUAACCCAAGCUUCUUGUUUCUCCGCAAGAUUCUUUCUUCUCGUAGCUUACAAAACCAAGUCCAUGUUGAAUGGCAUGGUUCUAGAAACAUUCCUGCUUUCACUGCCUUUCUUUAAACUUGAUAACAAGUUUUCAAGAGUAGGAGUAUCAAAAAAGACAAGCCCUGUAGGAAAGUAUGUUCUUAGUUUGCAAAACAAAGUUACCUGAUUCUUCUUGUCCUAAGAAUGGAGUUUCCUAUUUUUCCCUUUUAGUUUGUACGACCCCCAACUCUAUAUUGUCCAUAUAUUACGCUGGUGUCUUACUCUCAGAAAUUAUUAAUUCUUCACACCAGGGUCUCGUUGCACAGCUUUGAUGUCACCCUAUAGGAGUUACCCUGCUGCACGAAGGUGGAUGUCUUGCUGUAUAAAAUGUGUGGUUGUUUUAGGUUCUAGGACAAAUCUUUAGCUUUAUAGACCACUUCGGUCAGCCAGGAUGCAGAUUUUGAGAGCUGUGUGUAUAUGUAUAAUCGUGUUUGUAUUUUUUCUCAAAGUUACCAAUUAAAAGCUUUUGUUUAAGAUAGUUUCUUUUGGAGGUGGGGUAAGAUUGUAUAUAAUUGGGGGGAAAAGUUAUAUGUACUUAAAAUUAUGUCAAGUUCUUAUUAGGUCUCUGUACUGAAGGUUCAAUUUUUUUUUAAGAGUUCACUUUUCACCUACUCUUUGUGCAAAAAAAAAAAAUGCAUCUAGGAAAAGAUAGUUUAAAUAUUGUAUAUAAGAUAAUGAAAGUUAGUAAUGCUCAUUAUUUAAUAAAGUUUGUAAA